GCAUCUCGUUCAUGAGUCACCAUUGAGAAAAUGCCGAUAUUUGAUUAUGGGCUGCUUUGUCCCCAGAUGCGGAUAAUAUCUGGCAGGUUUUCCAUUUCAGUUCGUGUCAUCUGGAAUGCUUGGUAGGGUCAGAAGCAUUCGUAUGGCCGUUGUUGUAUGUAUGAAUACAAGUUCAUAUCUCGCGCAGCUGACAGCCUUCGAUAAGCCCACACGCGUAUCUGCCUCUCAAUGGUUCGAACACAACCCUCACAGAUGCCCGAAGAAAACCAAUCAGGCCAGGAGGAGCUCAUUGAGGCAACACCUCAGCCGACACCUCUGCCAAAAAUACAGCUGGCAAUCCUUCUCCUUGUCCAGAUGCCCGAGCAGCUGUCAGCCUCUGUGAUAUAUCCCUUUGUUAACCAGCUAGUCAGGUCAACAGGAAUUACAGGUAAAGAUGAGCGUAAGACAGGCUACUACGCGGGCUUGAUUGAAUCUUUGUAUUAUGCAGUCGAGGCUGUCGUGGUUCUGCAAUGGGGUCGCGUGUCUGACCACGUCGGAAGGAAGCCAGUGAUCCUCGUCGGGCUUUUCGGGGUUGCCUUGUCUAUGGUCUCCUUUGGGUUAUCGAGAGAAUUUUGGAUGAUCAUCCUCAGCCGUUGUGCACAAGGUGCUCUCAACGGUAAUAUCGGUGUGGUCAAAUGCAACAUGACCGAGAUCACUGACGCCUCCAAUAUGGCACAAGCAUUCGCAUGGCUACCGUUAGCAUGGGCAAGUGGUUUUACGCUUGGAUUCCUUAUUGGGGGGGUGCUCUCAGAUCCAGCGGAUAAAUGGCCAUACUCCUUCGGUCGCUACCACAUAUUCCAUCGGUAUCCUUAUUUUCUACCCUGUAUGGUUGCCGCCAGCGUAUCGGCAGCGUGCUGGCUCAUUGCCUUGCUAUUUCUUAAAGAGUCGACACGUGGCACUGCAUCCGUGAGCCACAGUGAUGACACCACAAAGUCGGAGAUGCACGCUGUAAAUAUCCAGGACAAGCCUGCGACAGACACUCCGACCGACAUGCCACCUCACAUGCUAGAUGACGCAGAGAUCGCCAACCCCGCUGCCAGUUCCCUCGGGUCUACAAGGUCCGAUUUUCGCUCCAUUCUCAUCCCACGCGUCAUAAUACCGGUCAUGCACUAUGGUUUGCUAUGUUUCGUUGACCAGUGCAUGCUGGUACUAAUGCCGCUCAUGUAUUCGACAUCACGUCCACUCGGAGGGCUUGGGUUUAGUAGCAACACCAUCGGAUUGGUGAUGUCGGCCUGGAGUAUGCUGAAUGGUACCAUACAAGUUUAUGCGUUUCCGCGUUUGUUGCGACGCUUUGGACCAAAAAGGUUGUACAUCACGAGUUUCGCCUUCUUUCUCAUAGCGUUUGCCACUUACCCGGUAAUGGGAUAUAUGGCUAAGCGUCAGAUGGAAGCAGGAAUAUGGUUGAUUCUUUGCGUUCAACUCGUGGCAUACCUUGUCGCGUACAGCACCUAUAGUUGUAUCAUCUUAUAUAUCAACAAUGGAGCACCUAGCAAGGACUUGCUAGGGGCGACAAAUGGCCUAGCGCAGACGCUCGCCUCGAUGAUGCGUGCUGCCGGACCAACAGCGGUAUCCUCGCUGUUUGCUCUGUCGUUGGAGAAUGACCUCGCAGGCGGGACAGCCGUAUACUGGAUAAUGUGUACGAUCACCAUAUUAGUGCUCGGUUUCUCGACAUACCUUCCAAAAAGCCUUACUUAAAUAUCACCGCGACACAGAGGAGAUGAGCGGGAACAAAAUUCGAUAGCGCAAAGAGUCAUUAGAAGUUAAUUUUCGGCUUUCGCGGCAGUCCGUAAAUCUUAUGUACAGAAUAGGGACAGCCGUCCGUGGUAAAAUACAAAUGGUACUAUAUUCAGAAAGUGAACAUCGACGCGAAAAUGACAUU